AUGCAAGGCUGUGCAGGGUCAGAUGUGCCUAUUUCAAAGGGAAAUAAAUUUAAUACUAAUCAAGCACCAAAGACUGAUCAAGGAAAGCGUGAGAUGGCAGAUAAACCUUAUGCAUCAUUAGUGGGGAGUCUCAUGUAUGCACAAGUACGCACCAGACCUGAUAUUUCUUUUACAGUAAGUGUAUCGGGAAGAUUUCAAUCAAAUCCUGGACAAGCAUAUUGGACUGAUGGUAAAAGAGUCAUGAGAUAUUUGCAAAGAACAACGGAACUAUAA